CCUGCCCUGCAGGGAUGUUCAAGGCCAGCCAGGAAGCUGAAGGCUGCUCCCACUGCCCCUCCAACAGCCGCUCCCCUUCAGAGGCGUCUCCCAUCUGCACCUGCCGGACGGGCUAUUACCGAGCGGAUUUUGACCCCCCAGAAGUGGCAUGCACUAGUGUCCCAUCAGGUCCCCGCAACGUCAUCUCCAUUGUCAACGAGACUUCUAUUAUUCUGGAGUGGCACCCACCGAGGGAGACAGGUGGGCGGGAUGAUGUGACGUACAACAUCAUCUGCAAAAAGUGCCGGGCAGACCGUCGGAGCUGCUCCCGCUGUGAUGACAAUGUGGAGUUUGUGCCCAGGCAGCUGGGACUAACCGAGUGCCGUGUCUCCAUCAGCAGUCUGUGGGCCCACACCCCCUACACCUUUGACAUCCAAGCCAUCAAUGGAGUCUCCAACAAGAGUCCCUUCCCCCCACAGCAUGUCUCUGUCAAUAUCACCACAAACCAAGCUGCCCCCUCCACUGUUCCCAUCAUGCACCAGGUCAGUGCUACCAUGAGGAGCAUCACCUUGUCAUGGCCACAGCCGGAGCAGCCCAAUGGCAUCAUCCUGGACUAUGAGAUCCGCUACUAUGAGAAGGAACACAAUGAGUUCAACUCCUCCAUGGCCAGGAGCCAGACCAACACUGCUCGGAUCGACGGGCUGCGGCCCGGCAUGGUGUACGUGGUGCAGGUGCGUGCCCGCACUGUGGCCGGCUACGGCAAGUUCAGUGGCAAGAUGUGCUUCCAGACUCUGACUGACGACGAUUACAAGUCGGAGCUGAGGGAGCAGCUGCCCCUGAUCGCUGGCUCGGCGGCAGCCGGGGUCGUGUUCAUCGUGUCCUUGGUGGCCAUCUCUGUCGUCUGUAGCAGGAAACGGGCCUAUAGCAAAGAGGCUGUAUACAGUGACAAGCUCCAGCAUUACAGCACAGGCCGAGGCUCCCCAGGGAUGAAGAUCUACAUUGACCCCUUCACUUACGAGGACCCCAAUGAAGCUGUCCGGGAGUUUGCCAAGGAGAUCGAUGUAUCUUUUGUGAAAAUUGAAGAGGUCAUCGGAGCAGGAGAGUUUGGAGAGGUGUACAAAGGGCGUUUGAAGCUGCCGGGCAAGAGGGAAAUCUACGUGGCCAUCAAGACGCUGAAGGCUGGGUACUCGGAAAAGCAGCGUCGGGACUUUCUGAGUGAGGCGAGCAUCAUGGGCCAGUUUGACCACCCCAACAUCAUUCGCCUGGAGGGCGUGGUCACCAAGAGUCGACCCGUCAUGAUCAUCACAGAGUUCAUGGAGAAUGGUGCUUUGGAUUCUUUCCUCAGGCAAAAUGAUGGGCAGUUCACAGUGAUCCAGCUGGUGGGUAUGCUCAGGGGCAUCGCGGCUGGCAUGAAGUACCUGGCCGAGAUGAAUUAUGUGCACCGGGACCUGGCUGCUAGGAACAUUCUGGUCAACAGUAACCUGGUGUGCAAGGUGUCCGACUUUGGCCUCUCCCGCUACCUCCAGGAUGACACCUCAGACCCCACCUACACCAGCUCCUUGGGAGGGAAGAUCCCCGUGAGAUGGACGGCUCCAGAGGCCAUUGCCUACCGCAAGUUCACUUCAGCCAGCGACGUUUGGAGCUAUGGGAUUGUCAUGUGGGAAGUCAUGUCAUUUGGAGAGAGACCCUACUGGGAUAUGUCCAACCAAGAUGUCAUCAAUGCCAUUGAGCAGGACUACCGGCUGCCCCCACCCAUGGACUGCCCAGCUGCUCUACACCAGCUCAUGCUGGACUGUUGGCAGAAGGACCGUAACAGCCGGCCUCGCUUUGCAGAGAUUGUCAACACCCUGGACAAGAUGAUCCGGAACCCGGCAAGUCUCAAGACUGUGGCAACCAUCACCGCCGUGCCUUCCCAGCCCCUGCUAGACCGCUCCAUCCCAGACUUUACGGCCUUCACCACCGUGGACGACUGGCUCAGUGCCAUCAAAAUGGUCCAGUACAGGGACAGCUUCCUCACCGCCGGCUUCACCUCCCUCCCGCUGGUCACCCAGAUGACAUCAGAAGAUCUCCUGAGAAUAGGGGUCACCUUGGCAGGCCAUCAGAAGAAGAUCCUGAACAGCAUUCAUUCUAUGAGGGUCCAGAUGAGUCAGUCACCAACAGCAAUGGCAUGAGAACUCUCGUUUUCUUGGGGAAGGAGAGGAAGGAAAGAAACCAGGGUCAAGAAGGAACCAGACAUUGACCAGUGUGGAAUGUGCUGGAAAGAUUGGCUUCUCGACUGAGGAAUGCAUUUCCAUCCAUGAAGAAUGAACUGGACCUGUUGCAAAUAGGCAACCUUCAUUUCUCAGCAGCAGCAACAUGUUUAAGGUGCCGUGGGAAACCAAACAUAUGAUAAAAAUAUAAAAAGGUGAUGUUCAACAGAAGUGAAGACAAAACAGUAUGCAUCGGGAAUGAGAGUAAACCCAGCUCCCACCCUCAGUGGGCUGCAGUCAUCCGUCACCAGGAAGAAGGGAAGGAGGUGGAGGGAAGAAACAGAAGCAGUGUUCCAUUUUCUUCCUCACCAAUGACAUUCUUUCUUUUCUCCUUUUGUGCUCCUCCCCGAGAACCCCCUCCCAGCACCCAUGCCCAUUUCCCUUUGCUCAUGACUCCUGUAGGGAUGUUUCUUCAAACAAAACCCAGCUCCUGAGUCUCCAGAUGUUGUUCUGUCAGUUGCCAAAGGACUUUGCUGACCACUGCAUGGGGAUCCAACCAAUUCAAUUAAUGUCUUCAUAUUGAAGAAGAGAUGUACCUUCAAUUGAAAACCUUGUUUUUCUUUUGUUUGCAUUUUCUGCAAAAAGGAAAAAGAAAUCACAGAUUGGAAAAAACAAAAAAAGAAAAACCUGUUUCCGUGUGCAAGAGCACACGUAUGUAUGUCUGCGUUAUAAAGUGAUUGUGCUUGUCCGUAACAGAUGCAAACAAGAAAGAAGAACUGGGGAGUCUUUGCCCCUGGGAAAUCCAACGGGGCUUGCAUGUGUUGUUGGUUUGGCUUUGGGGUUGGCCCAGUUGGCCUGUUGAUCCAAUGGGAAGAGAGGAGAGGGAGAAAAAUAAUCCGAAAGAGUUUGCAAAUCUAGACAGGAAACAGGAGAGUGGUUUGAAUUGGAUGCAGUGUGGGCCAUUCUAGAAUGAUACUGACUGAUUAAUAAUUCUCGAUAACAUCUGAAGAAAAGGAGAAAGAAGGUAUUUCUGGAGAAUGUUCUUCCACGUCCCUGGAAUCUGCAAUUCAAGAGGUGGCAAGGGAGGAUUCUUCUUGCCUUACCCGUGGACUGGCUUAAGCCAAGUGGCAUCCGAGGAAUGUUUCAAAUGUGUCUGUGUUUCUCUUUACAUUCCUUG